AUGGGACACAUGGGACAUUACCUGCAUCUUGCCUUUCUGAUGACAACAGCUUUUUCUUUGUCUCCUGGAACAAAAGCAAACUAUACCCAUCUGUGGGAUAACAAUACUACUGUCUUGGAUCCAGAUAUUCACAACAAGAUGGACAGAAGCCAAAAUGAAAACUUUAACACAAACCCUAAAACUCCUGAAGCAGAUAAAAAAGAUAAUUCUACAAACAUGCCUGAAACAGCAACAUCAUCUCACAUUGCGUUUUUAACUCCUAAAUCUGAACUGGAGCUUUCUGUAUCUUCUGUUGUCAGGAACAGUCCUCCAACAGUACAGAGCAUUGAAAACACAAGCAAAAGUCACAGUGAAAUUUUCAAAAAGGGUGUCUGUGAGGAUGACAACAACAAGAUGGCCAUGCUAGUCUGCUUAAUCAUAAUUGCUGUGCUCUUUCUUAUCUGCACCAUUCUAUGUCUAUCAACUGUGGUUCUGGCAAACAAAGUUUCAUCUCUCAGACGAUCAAAACAAGUAGGCAAGCGUCAGCCUAGGAGCAAUGGUGAUUUUCUGGCAAGCAGUGGUCUCUGGCCUGCUGAAUCAGACACUUGGAAAAGAGCAAAACAGCUCACAGUGCCCAACCUAAUGAUGCAAUCUACUGGAGUGCUCACAGCUACGAGGGAAAGAAAAGAUGAAGAAGGAACUGAAAAACUCACUAACUAA